AUAUAAGUAUUCGAAGUGCAUAAUUAAUUAAAAGGGGAACAAAGCCUCUCUCAUUAGGACCUUCUCCAACAAACCUGUCUUCUCCUUCUCCUCCUUCUUCUGUUUCUUCGUCUUCUUACUCUUACAAUUGUUCUGGGAAGUAUAGAAGAAACCCUAGAGGAAUGGGGAAAGCCAAGAUUGCGAUUAAGAGGAUUGACAAUUCAACCAACAGACAAGUCACUUUCUCAAAGAGACGAAGUGGUCUGUUCAAGAAAGCAAGAGAGCUUGCGAUCCUCUGUGACGCACAAGUUGGGGUUAUUGUGUUCUCCAGCACCCGCAAGCUCUAUGAAUAUGGAAGCUCCAGCCUGAAGUCAAUUAUUGAGCGAUACACUAAACAAAUAGAGGAACAUCAUCAUCCGCUCAUGAAUACCGACUCAGAAGCCAAGUUUUGGCAAAGAGAAGCAACGAUCCUGAAGCACGAACUUCAACAUUUGCAGGAAUUGCACAGGCAAUUGAUGGGUGAACAACUUUCUGGUUUAGGCAUUAACGAAGUAAAGAAUUUGGAAAAUCAACUGGAGAUGAGUUUAAAACGUGUCCAGAUCAAAAGGGAUCAAAUCUUAACUGAUGAGAUUAAAGAGCUACAACAAAAGGGAAAUCAUAUCAGUCAAGAAAAUGUUGAACUCUAUCAAAGGACACAAGUUAUUAGUAAAGAAAAUGCAGAGUUAAAAAAGAUUUAUGAAGCAAGGGUUAUGAAUGAAGAAAACGAGAGAUUCAAUCUGCAGCUGAGCCAGCCAGAAUCUCAAUCUAGUGAGCCACUCACCAAAGCAAUGGAACAGGGGUAUAUUAUAUUCCUUCAAACUGGUGAAUAAAUAUACAGCUUGAACACACACAUAUAAACAUUUUUGUGUUGUUCAUUCUUAAAAUUACAUUUAAGCCCUUGAUUCCUAUGACAGAUUACGGCUGCUAUAGCAGUAGCUCUUUGACCGUCUAGGGUUUUCAGACAACACCUUUGCUGUGGGAAGAUCAGGUCUUAAUUUCUAUGGGGGAGAUAAAUGUUUUAAUUCAAAAAGAUAGUUAUUAGAUAAUAAACUCAUCAGGAAUAGCAUCAAUGCAUAUUUGAUCAAAUGUUUCUGUUAUAUAUGGAUCAGACACAUUCCACAUAUCUCUGUAAAUUAUAUAGAUAUAUUAAAGCCUUCAAAUGUUU